AUGGUGAUCCGGUUUGUGAUUGACUACUUGGAUGCAAUCGAAAUUGCAAAGAAACUGGACGAGCACGCAGCUACGCCAGGAUAUAAGAAACCUUUACUAUUUGGCAUGCCCAUCAGCAUCAAGGAAAACAUAAGGGUGAUUCUUUUUAAUAUCUGUGCUGUUCCAUUCGUCCACACAAAUGUUCCUCAAUCACUAGUGAGCUACGGAUGCACGAAUCCUGUUUACGGCACAACUACAAACCCAUACAACCCAGAGCGAGUUCCUGGAGGUUCCUCCGGUGGUGAAGCCGCUCUCAUCGCUACCGGAGGCAGUUUGCUUGGUAUUGGCACUGAUGUCGGAGGCUCAGUCAGAAUUCCUAGCACUUUUUGUGGCAUAGCUGGCUUCAAGCCCUCUUCAAUUCGUUUCUCUCACACUUUUACAACAUCAUCUGUUCCUGGCCGUCAACUGGUCACAUCAAAUGAAGGACCUAUGGCUAAAAGCAUCACAACAUGCAUCGAGUAUCUCAAAGUUGCAUGGUCGGACUUAUUCCUUUACGACAUUGAUCCAUUUGUUCCUCCAGUAACGUGGCAAGAAAAAAUGUUUACUUCCGAGAAGAAGCUGAGAAUAGGAUUUUACACUCAUGACGGGUUUAUCACACCAACUCCAGCAAAUCAGCGAGCAGUGUUGGAGGCAAAGAAGAUCCUAGAAGAUCUUGGUCAUACGCUUGUACCAUUCCGAGUUCCCCAACCAGAAAAAAUGUUUCGUCUUUUUGCUGGAGGUGUUUCUGCUGAUGGUGGAAAAUAUCUCACUAAUAAGCUCAAGCAGGACAUCGUCCUGCCCGAAUGCUCCGUACAUCCAGUCAUGUUACUUCCGAUCUCUAUUCAGCGUAUCAUAGCAAGGUUCAUUAGUUAUCCACGAUUGCGAACAUUAUUGACAUCGCUGCCGAAUAAUAACCUACGCGAUGUGUACGGUAAAAUCGAGGGUUAUCGCUCGGAUUUCGUCAAUGAGAUGAUGCUGCAUAAUCUUGACGCUUUGCUGUGCCCUGCCAUGGUA